AUGGCUUGCCAGGCUCGCGAUUCUUGGGCUGCCGAUCUUCCUCUCGUCCUGCUUGGUGUGCGCUCGUCUUUCAAGGAGGACCUCGGCUGCACAACUGCGGAGUUGGUCUAUGGCACAACGUUGCGUAGGCCUGGUGAAUUUUUCGCGCCAGCUACUGUCGCCACGCCCGAUCCAGACAGUUAUGUUCAACAGCUCCACUUCAUCUUUUCACACCUGCGCCCUUGCCCUAGCCGGGAUGUAUCGUCUACUGGUGUUUUUGUCAGCAAGGACGUCACUACAGCGAGCCACGUUUUCGCCCGGUAUGAAGGCAUCCGACCAUCCCUUAUGCCUCCCUAUGAUGGCCCUUUCAAGGUGCUCAGCUGCACAGAAAAAACUGUCACCAUUGAGCUCAACGGACGUGCAGAAGUCGUGGCUAUCGACAGAGUCAAACCCACCUACCUGGCGACCUCGCCAGCAUUAUGCGCUUUCGACCGCUUUAACACCACGGAAACAAAUGAUUUCCCCUACCGCCCGACACCAAAGGCCGAUUCUUGGGCGCCCGUGCAUCGCUGA